AUGGCGUCUUCCGUGGCGUCCCUGGUUAUUGCUAUCUUAGUUGUUGCUCUAAGCUGGCGGCCAAUUUAUCGCUAUCCUCCAUCACCUGUGUAUUACUCUCCUCCUCCACCGGUGUAUCAUUCUCCUCCACCUCCUAUCUACAAAUCUCCUCCACCACCUGUGUAUUACUCUCCUCCUCCCCCGGUGUACCAUUCUCCUCCACCUCCCGUCUACAAAUCUCCUCCUCCACCUAUCUACCCCUCUCCACCACCACCGGUCUACAAAUCUCCUCCACCGCCAGUUUACCCUUCUCCUCCACCUCCAGUGUACUAUUCUCCUCCACCACCAGUCUACUAUUCUCCUCCACCACCAGUCUAUUCCUCUCCUCCACCUCCUACCUACAAAACUCCUCCGCCACCGGUUUAUCACUCUCCUCCACCUCCCGUGUACAAGUCUCCUCCACCACCAGUCUACUAUUCUCCUCUGCCACCGGUCUAUCACUCUCCUCCACCUCCCGUGUACAAGUCUCCUCCGCCACCGGUCUACCAUUCUCCUCCACCACCAGUCUAUCACUCUCCUCCACCUCCAGUGUACAAGUCUCCUCCGCCACCAGUCUACCAUUCUCCUCCGCCACCAGUCUACCAUUCUCCUCCACCACCUGUGUACAAGUCUCCUCCACCACCGGUCUAUUACUCUCCUCCACCGCCAGUGUACAAGUCUCCUCCACCACCAGUCUACUAUUCUCCUCCGCCACCCAUCUAUCACUCUCCUCCACCUCCUGUGUACAAGUCUCUUCCGCCACCAGUCUACUAUUCUCCUCUACCACCGGUCUAUCACUCUCCUCCGCCACCCGUCUACCAUUCUCCUCCGCCACCUACAUACUAUUCGCCGUCGAUUGCGGUAGACUACCGCUACUAUUACUCUCCGCCGCCACCUUUUAUGUAUAAGUCGCCGCUGCCGCCGGUUUACUAUGCACCUCAACCACCAUAUUAUAAAUUACCUCCACCUUUUUACUAUUACUCUUCUCCUCCUCCUCCCGUCUAUAAAUUUCCUCCUCCGCCCGUCUAUUCGUCUCCUCCGCCUCCCGUGUACUACUCUCCUCCUCCAGCAGUCUACCCGUCUCCUCCACCGCCUGUCUAUAAAUCACCCCCUCCACCGGUCUACUCGUCUCCUCCACCUCCUGUGUACUACUCUCCUCCACCACCUGUUUACUAUUCUCCUCCACCACCUGUCUACUACUCUCCUCCUCCACCGGUCAAAUACUCUUCUCCACCACGCGUCUACUACUCUCCUCCACCUCCUAAGAAGGAGGAUGAAGACAAAUCUCCUCCACCACCGUCGCCAAAGAAGUCUCCUCCACCAAAAAAGACACCCCCUCCACCAGAGGUAAAGAAGUCUCCUCCGCCACCACCUCCACGAAAGAAGUCACCCCCUCCACCAGCACCGAAGAAAUCUCCUCCACCGCCACCACCUCCACGAAAGAAGUCACCCCCUCCACCGCCACCACGAAAGAAGUCCCCACCUCCACCAUCGCCAAAGAAGUCUCCUCCGCCACCACCGCCGAAGAAGUCUCCUCCACCACCUCCAAAGAAGUCGCCACCCCGACCAGAACCAAAGAAGUCUCCUCCACCACCCUCGCCCGAGUACAAGUGGCCUCCUCCCCCAGCAUCGCCGUACUACUAGUAGGCUGAUAAGGAGUGAUUAUAAGGAAAAACAAUAAAUAAACAAAGGCAUUUGAAUUAAGUUCAAUAAAGGAGACGACCAUAUCAUAUAAUCUCAUCUAUAUGCUUCAAUCAUCUAUGCCUUUCAUUAAAUAAAAAACCUUCCAAUCCUUCCUAUUGUACCACACAUCGCAAUAAUAAUAUAAUAUUUACUUUCAAAUA